UGGGAGGACCUGACCUCAGUCCACCCGGAUCAAUAAGCGAGUGAGAGAGGGGCGCUCAUCGGCUGAACACUUUUCAUUGCGCGCUUUCACGUGGAUCAGCGGUGUCAGAGGGGACAGUGCGCUUGUGUUCAGGUGCUGGGACCUCGACUGUAGCACCAUGGCUCUCCCGCAGCUCGGCUAUAAGUAUGUGAGAGCGCUGUAUCCCACUGAUCGGGCUGGAAUGCUGGCGGGCCGUGUGGGUGCAGAGCUCAGUCCCACCAGCAGCAUCUCCAACUCCCUCUCUAUGUACGGAUCUCCAUUCAGCGCCAGCCAGACCUACAGCGCCUUUCUGCCCUACUCCAGCGACGUGUCCGUGCUCAACCACCUGGCCAGUCCAUACGAGCUGAAAGACAGUCCCGGGAUGCAGCACCCAGGCUUUCCUGCUGCGCAUCCAGCUUUCUUCCCGUACAGCCAGUAUCAAUAUGGAGACGCGUCUCGCCCGAAAAACGCCACCCGUGAAAGCACAAGUACUCUGAAAGCCUGGUUGAGCGAGCAUAGGAAGAACCCGUAUCCUACCAAGGGCGAGAAGAUCAUGCUGGCCAUCAUCACCAAAAUGACCCUCACUCAAGUGUCCACCUGGUUCGCCAACGCGCGCCGGAGACUGAAGAAGGAGAACAAGAUGACCUGGGUGACAAAAACACAACCGGACGAGGAGGGAAACGUUUACGCGAGCGACAACGAGGGCGAGGAGGAGGACAAACGGGAUGAGGACGACGACGAGGAGAUCGACCUGGAGAACAUCGACACGGAGAACAUCGAAACCAAGGACGACUCCGACUGUCGGGAUGAGCUGAGAUCGGAAUCAAAAAUCACGGAAACGGACAGGAGUGACUCAGACGCGUCAGAUGGGUUUGAGGACACACAGGGACAGGAGAAAAGUUUCGUAAAAAGCAGCGGGAUGAAAGACAGAGACAUCUGCGUUGAGGGACAGAGGGAUGAGGGCAGGAAAAGCCCCAUAGUAGAGCCUUUGAGGAAUCUAAACCCACCACAAAAGCCCAAAAUUUGGUCUUUGGCUGAAACAGCAACGACGCCAGAUCAUCCGAGAAAGUCUGCAGUAAUGAGCAGGACUGCUGUGCAGAGCUCUGCGGGGAACCUGCACAACUGGACCAAAAUGGCCAUUUCUGCUCAGCAGCUCGCAUUAACACACCAUUACUUUGGACUUAAACAGCCGAACAACAACGUUAUGAUUAACAAGCACGCAGACGCCAGGACUCACUCCUCAUGAGCAUCUUCGUUAUAGACUAUAAUGGACAGUGAAAUAAAUAUUUUUCGUCGUGUUUUUUUCUAUUUUACAUUCUCCGCAUGGAUCAAUGCAAUACUUCAUUUCCGCGUCAAAAACACUGAUUUUUUUUUUUGUUGUUGUUGGACAAAAUAAGAGAAAGUGUCUAUUGAUUUUUUUUUACAUAAAUGAGGUUUGAAUUUGUAACAUAGCUAAGGAUGUUGCCUAGCACUUCCCUUCAUAUGAGAGUAUAAUAGAGUAAAUGUUUAUAUUGCUAACUUAUCCACCUUUUCGCUGUGUUUAUUUAACAGAAUGAAAAUGUUUGAGGGACAAACACACUACAGCAAAUUAGUGGCAUUCUGAGGGGGUUGAUAUUCACAUGAAAAUUCACAAGAAUUCACAUUCUGACAUGGGAAAAAAUAGAAUGGUGCCUUUGAAACACUGAUGAGAUGCAUAUCCUGUUUUAAACAAAUAGUCUCAAACGAAAUAUUAUUUCAAAAAUCCUAUUAUUUUUUUCUGAGCCACAUUUUUUUUCCCACACAAAUUGUCUAAAUGAUUACGAUUUCUUUUUCAGUAUUUUGAUAUUAAUUUGACAUUAAUUUUGCUGUUUUUUUUUUUCUGAAUGCUUUUAUUUUUUAAUUAUGUAAAAAACUUUUGUUUUGUAUUAGUUUAAAAAAACAAAAACAAACAACCAAACAAACAAAACAGUGCAACACCUCGGCCAAUAUUGAAAACUUUUCUCGCAUCUAUUAUUCACCACGUGAUAAAUUCAUAUUUUGUAAAUCAAAAAUUAAACUCGGGUCUUUUAGAAUUUGUGUACAUUACACAAUGAAUUUCCCUUUAUGUUAAUUGUUUUGUAAAUGAGAAAUUAAGUUGACCUACGUAAACUAUUGUACAAAACUAUUUUUUAAAAGAUAUUAAAAUGAAAACAUGUUA